AUGGUAAUUAUUACAGACGGUCUCUCGCUUGCAUCAAGAAAAAGCGUUCGAGAUGACUUUACGAAUAAAAUUCCAGAACUUAAGAAAAGUUUGAAUUCUAUUACAGGAUUCGAUUAUGAAUUUGUAGUGGAUUUUAGUAAAAUUCAUGCCGAUGCAGUUAAAGCUGUUCCUGAAAAUAAUGAAUGGAUAACAAAGAGUUUAGGCAAUAUUGCUUUUCAAUAUUUCGAUUCUUUAAUUUCCAACAUUAGCAGUGUUGCUAAUAAUGAUGACUUGGUUCGUUCCGAUUUCGUUAAAAUAACCAAUAAUAGGGAAAUCCAUCUUCUUACUGAUUCAGAUAUUCAAGAUAAUUAUAAUGAAACCUCGAUUGCCGAUGGUAAUAUUUAUAUUAAAACACAACCUUGUUAUUAUGGUACCAACACUGGAGGUGUUGGUUAUAAUAUUUUAGAAUUAUUAAAAUCUUCAGAUGAAGUACUACCUUUAAUUACAAAAACUAAUAUUCGCGAUGGUUGGGAGCAACAAACAACUUUUUUAAAAAAGUCACUCAAACAGGCUUUGGGAGAGGAUUAUGAAUUUGUGAUCGAUUGGGAAAACAUUUAUUUAAAAGCAAUUUCAGCUAAUGAAGAUAACUCUAAUUGGUUGUCCUCUAAAUUAGGUGAAAUUGUUUACGCGUAUUUUGAAUCUCUAAUCAAAUAUAUAAAUGAUUACGCUAAAAAGGAUGAUCUGGUUAGAUCGGAAUUGGUUAAUGUUAUUUAUACAAAAAAGUUUUAUUUCGUUUACGAUGAGGAUAUAAAUGAUUAUAAUGCUAUCGAAGUUAAAGAUGGAGAACUUUAUAUCAAAGUCAAGCCUGAAUCAUUAGGAACAAAUUCAUCUAUUGGCUAUUCUAUUAUCGAUGUGAUUAAGAAUCCGAAUGAUGUUCUUCCGUUAAGAACAAAAAAAAGUAUUCGAGAUGGAUGGGAAAAGGAAAUUCCUAGCCUCAAAAAACAGCUCAAUAAAUGUUUGGGCGAAGAUUAUCAAUUUAAAAUAGAUUUUGAUGAAGUUUAUAUGAAAGUCACUAAAGCAAAUGAAGAUAACACCGAUUGGUUUUCUAAAAGCUUGGGGAAUAUCGUCCUUCAAUAUUUCAGUUCAUUGACUAAAUAUAUUGAAGAUUAUACAAAGAAGGAUGAUUUGAUUCUUGAAAGACUUCAAGCGCCAGAUUCAGCGCUUCCUGUGAUUACCAAAGUAAAUAUUCGUGAUCAGUGGAACAUGAAGAUUCCUACGCUAAAGAAAAAACUUAAAGAAGCUGUUCAUGACGAAAUAGAAUUUGUGGUUGAUUUUGAUAACGUCUUUGAAACUGCAAAGAAAAAUUCGGAUGAUGAUGGUAAAUGGUUUAAAAAUAAAUUAGGUGAAAUCGUUUUUGCAUAUUUUGAAUCUUUAGUUGCAAAUAUUAUUAAAGAUGACAUGGUCAGAGAUAAUUUUGUUGAUAUCGUGAAAACUAAAAAGAUUUAUUUUGUAUUCGAUGAUGAGGUUAAAGAUUACAAUGACAUUUUGGUUAAAGAUAAUGCAUUGUACAUUAGAGUUGGACCAAAAUAUUUGGGUACUAAUAGUAGUAACAUUGGAUAUAACAUCAUUGAUGUCUUGUAA